GUGUAGGCAUUUCACCUCGUGGCAGAUAUUGAUUCCGCUGUUUUAGAUCAAAAUAAAGAUUAAACCUCCUCAGCUCGUCUUUUUUGUCAAUAAAUUAGUAAGAAAAUGGCUAAUUUCCUGUUAAAUCUGCAAACCGAGCUUCACUCUUUCAUGGAGGUUUUGCUGAAAUCGAUCGUGUGUGAAGUUUCCGAUGUUUUCCGAAACAGGAUGUUGGACUGCGAGGAUGCGUUUCAAGACAAACUUCGCAGCAUCUCCCAGAUUCUGGUGAGACGGGCCGUGUUUAACAUCACACAGUGUGUGGAGGACAGUGUCGGGAGUGAAAUGUCGCAGCUGAAGAAGGAAAACGAGAGCCUGAAGUGGAGAUUGCAGCUGUGGGAGAAGGAGUCGGGAGCAGGAGAAGAUCAGGGACAGACAAUUCAGGGUACCCAGAGGCUUUCUUGUGAUAUUACUGCAGAAAUAAAAGAAGAAAUGGUCACGAAACUGGAGCUGUCAGGGUUAGAGGCCAGCGCUCUCCCUGAUGCUGGGGAAAGGGCUCCUCUUGAACAGCAGCACAGUGAGGAGGAGUGGGGCUCCAAUCUGAUGCAGGAGACAGAGCUCACUGAUGCAGAAGGCUCAAGGGCCAGUGCUCUCCCUGAUGCUGGGGAAAGGGCUCCUCUUGAACAGCAGCACAGUGGGGAGGAGUGGGACUCCAGUCUGAUGCAGGAGACAAAGCUCACUGCUGCAGAAGGGAAAGAGACACUCAGUGAGCAGCACACAGAGAGCAGACAGAGUGUCGAGGAUCUGGACUCUGUGUACGUGAUGAAGACGGAGCCUGAGAGUGAGAUACCUGGGCUCUUAGUAUGUGAUGAUUUUACAGAGAAGAUCAAUAAUCUGGACUUGAACAAUAUUACACAAGGUUGUAAUGAACUGGGCUUUGUCUCUGUACAAGAGCAUAAAGAAGAACUGGGUGAGUUUAAUCUUACAGAGCAGAACAUGGAGCCCCAGUUGAUUAACCCUGCAGAGCAGCAGACUGAUGUACCUGGUGAAGAGAACAGUACUGAGAUACAGCACACAGAGGAUACUCAGUUCAGGGAGGAACAACAGCAGCUCCUACAGGGCUUGAUAAUAGCAAGGCCUUGUUCUGUUAAACUGGAGAGACUGUCAUUGCAGAAGUGGUUUAAACAAAUGGGUGAUCCUUUAAUAUCUAAGGACAUUACAGAGAAGUGUAAUAAUUUAAACACUAAGAAUAUUGCAAAGCAUUUCAAUCAGCUGGAGUUGGUCUCUUCACAAGGUUGCAAGGAAGAGGAACAUGAAUUUAAUGUCUGUAAUCUAAGGGAGCAGGAAAUCGGGUUCCAGUUGAUUGGCCCUGAAGAGCAGCAGACUGAUGUACCUGGUGAAGAGGACAGUGCUGAGUCACAGCACACAGAGGAGAGUCAGGGCAGGGAGAAACAACAGCAAGACCAGAUGAUCAAGGAGAUUCAGCCAAGACCCGACAAUGUACAGGAAUUGUCACUGGAGCACAAACAGCAACAGCAGUUUCCUCUCUUAAGCCCCUUAAAAACACACCAGCACAUUCACAUGGAAAAGAAACGAUUCACCUGCAAUCGGUGCAGGAAGAGCUUUAGUCAGUCAUGUGACCUCAAGAGACACCAGUGCAUUCACACGGGAGAGAGACCGUUCAGCCAGCUGGGCACCUUGAAAACGUACAAGCACAUUCACGCAGGUGAGAGGCUGUUCAGCUGCAGGGAGUGUGGGAAGAGUUUUAGUCAGUUAGGCAGCUUAAAAACCCACCAGCUCACUCACAGAGGGGAGAUACCGUUUGGCGGCAGUCAGGAUGGGGAGAUGUUUAAUGAGUCAGACACCUUAAAAAGAGACAAACCCAUCCCUGCAGCAGAGAAAGCAUUCGGCUGCAGGCAAUGUGGGAAAAGUUUUAGUCAUUUGAGUGCUUUAAAGAGACAUGAACUCUUCCAUAUGGGAAAGAGGCCGUUCUGCUGCAGUCUGUGUGGGAAGAGUUUUAAUCACCCGAGUGCCUUAAAGACACACCAGCGCAUGCACACAGGAGACAGACCAUUCUGCAGUCAGUGCGGGAAGAGUUUUAGUCAGCCGAGCUAUUUGAAAGCACACCAGCGUGUUCACACGGGAGAGAAGCCAUUCAGCUGCAGUCAGUGCGGGAAGAGUUUUAGUCAGUCAGGCACCUUAAAGAGACAUGAGCUCUCCCAUACUGGAGAAAAAUUGUUCUGCUGCAGUUGGUGCGGGAAGAGUUGUAGUCAGUCAGCCACCUUAAAGAUACACGAGCUCCUCCAUACGGGAGAGAGACCAUUCUGCUGUGGUCAGUGUGGGAAGAGUUUUAAUCACCCGAGUGCCUUAAAGACACACCAGCACACGCACACAGGGGAGAGACCAUUCUGUAGUCAGUGCGGG